GUAGGCUGUUCGCUGCAGCGUGGGGUGGUCCGCCGCGACUAGGGGCGCAAGAGGCGCCAGUGGGUGGAUAUUGAGCGACGCCGGGCGUCGUGGCGCACUGUGCGGAUCAGUCGCCCUCCAGCCACCGCCCCAGAUACGAGUUUAACCACUUCCGGCCCUCCUCUUUGCUCGGACGUGUCCUCUCGCCGAUUCUUCGCUCUGCGCUCCCUCUUUUCAUUCAACGUCGUAGUCGUUUGCCGAGCUUGUUUAAUUUCGCCGAAUACGGAGCGCGGUUGGCGCGUAACAGCAGUAACAACCGAAUAUCAGAAAUAUGUUGAUCGGUCUUGUGCGCGACUCAGUGCUGCAGUGCUUCUGUCAUAGCUGCAAAGCACCAUUGGGCAUCAUAGCGGGAGAUAGAAGGGGCAAUGCUCCCUUCAAGAAGCCCAGCGGCAAAGGAAAGCCGCGAACCAAACAGCCGAAGAAAGUAAAGUUUAUUACAACUGAGAUUCGAUGCCAAGAGAAAUCGAAGGGUGGAUUGUGUUACGAGGUAAUCUUAGCAGAACCAACAGUACCGAAAAGAGCACCGUCGCCCCCACAAACGAGUCCGACUCAACAAGUCGCUAUUGAAGACAAGCUUCGAGCAGCAGAGGAAAGAAGACUUUCUUUGGAAGCUCAUAAACUCGCUGCUCUUGCCGCUAAGCUUAGCAAAAUUGAAGAAGCAGCUCGCAAAAAAGAUGAACUUAGCGCUGCUUUCAUCGCUGCGACUCGUGAAUCUUUAGAUGCUAAAAUGAAUAAUACAGAAGAAAAGCGAGAGGCUCACAUUGCAGAAUUGAAGAAUAAAUUGAAAGAACACUUAGAAAGUGUGGAAAAAACUCGUUUAAGUCUCGAACAACAGACUCAAGAAGUUCGUUGUGCCGUUGAAGAGAAGUUAAAAUCUGCUGCUGCUCAACGCGAUGAAAACAUUAAAAAGAUGCUGGAUCGCCUUAAAGAACAUGAGGAACAAGUAGCCCGUGUACGUCAAGGAUUAACUGAGCGCGUACAGCAACUUGAAUCUCAAAUUCAAGGCAAAUUGGAUCAAGCUCACGAACGUCGUCAGAAUCUCGAACGUGAACAGAAAGAAAAGCUACGCAAUCAUAACACUGUGAAGAUAGCAAAAGUGCGUCAGAUAGCAGAGUGCGCCACGAGAGAACUUCUGGUGAAAAAGUUCGAAUUUGACAAGAGGGUUUCUACUGCGGAGCAGAACCGACAGCGAGAGAUUCAACGUCGUGUGCAGGCUAUUCGCCAGCAUGAGAGGCGUGCGGAGAUGGUAAGACAGAAUAAAGCAGCUCUAUCUGAACAAUCUGCCUUGCCUGCUGAAAAGGAGACUGCUAGCUCUGGGUAAAAACGUUAUUCUUAAUUGCAAUCCUCGUUAAAAUAUCUUUUCAUCGUUACAAAAUCGAGGAAAGAGGAGAGCGGGAUUUGACUACAAGCUUGCAGAGUCACUCGCUGAAUAGAUCAUCGGAGUUAUGUGUUUAAACCUUGAAAUAAACUAAGGAGUUGCACUCGCUGUGCUUUAUCAGACUCCAUUACGCUUUGUGCCAUUUUCGUUCGCUGAAAGAAAAUUAAAGAACUUAUGCAAGCGAUUUAAUAGUAGUUGAAGAAAUUUGCAAUUUUAAUGGUUUUAUUUUAUUACAAUGGAUGGGGAAUUAAAUAUCCAGUUAGAUAAAAUAUUCGAAAUGAUUAAAGAAACGUUUAUAUUGUGGAGAAUUAAUCAAUUUUUCCUCUCACUUUCUACUUGUGCAAGGAAUAUCACUGCCUUUACCUAAAUACACUUUUUUUUUUUUUUUUUUGUUUUUAAGUGUACACGAAUAUAUGUACUAACAUGUACGAAUAUUUGAUUGAAAGAUAUGGCGUGUAAAAUAUUUUCAGUUAUAACGUGCCUACCACUUACACAAUUGUGGAUCUUCUAAAAGAUGGCAUUAAAAAUACCUUAUGUAUUGUGGUCGAUUGUGUAUGUCAAUAAUUAAUAUUUUAUAAUUCUUACAAUACUUGUUUUUGUAUAUUUUCUUUUUUAUUAAUAAUUAUGAUAUUGUUGUUUAAUCAUUUAUCUCAUUAAAAAAUUUAUUUUGUUUAAAUUUAAAAUCAAAAAAAAAAAACAAAUUAAAUCAUAAUCGUAAUUAUCGCAUUCAAAUGUUUACAAUUUUUUAUUCCUAUUAAUUAUUUUUUUUAACUCUUAUAUCUUUUUUAUAUAAUUUUUUGGUGUUUUGUUCAUUAAAAACUUUGCUUUUAAUCGUAGAAUAAUGAUAGAAUACUAUCGCUACAAUUAGAUUUUAAGUGGUAAUUGCGACCAUAUGUGUGUACACAUACCAUAUAUAAUAACUAUACAUAUGUAUGUGUAUGGUAUGUGCCGACAUGUAAGCACACUUAUAAUAUAUAUAAUAGUGCUUUAUACUAGGCUUGAAAACUUUAAAACCAUUUUGUACUCGAUCAUUGUAAUAUUACUGCGCUAACUGAACAAGAUUCACAAAAUAUGUAGUCUAAUUGAAUAUGAUAAUAUGAUGCUUCUGUGAUGACUUAAUUAUUUGUCAAAAAUGUGUAGUGUUUAAGUGAGAAUGUGAGAGAGAGAACGGAGGAGAGAGAGAGACAUUUAAUUCCUCUAUGCUUGAACGGAUACCGUGGCUAGGGGCCUUAAUUUUGUUCAUAUAUAUCAUCGCUGGAAGUACUAGAAGUAAACACCGUACCGGAGCAAAGUUUUCGCAAAUAUUUUCGCAAAUUCUUCUCGUAAUGUAAUAGGCAGCUAAUGGUUCCUCGGCCUUUUUAGAUAUUCAUAUAUAUAGGGGAUACCAUAAACGAGAAGAAACUUUUAGCUCUGGUCACGGUAUCAUCAUAAAAAAAAAGAGAUAAAAAGAAGAUAUGUCGCAGUGAUAUUGCAACCGAUACCUUACUAUCUUAGGUAUUGAAAUUGCACAGAAAAUUUUUACAAGGGGCUAUUGCAAAUUAAUGCGAAGAAAAAAGAUUAAUUAAAAAAAGAGAUUGAAAAAGAAAACAUUAGAAUUUUUAUGUCGACGAAUAUAUAACUGUAACACCUAUAUUGCCGAGUGUUGCGGUUAAUUUGUCACGUGUUGCAACAUCAAGAAAACAGAUAAAAGAUUUCAUUUUUCUUGCGGUUAUGACAAGUGAUGAAUAACGUCUAUUUUUGCAUAAUUGUUGUGAUCUUUUGCAAAAUGUAUUUCGUAUAAUUAUUAUAUAGAUGCCCGACGUAUGUAUAUUAUGAUUGUCCUCUCUUUUCAAUUUACGUUAUAAUAUAUAAAUAUAUAUAUAUAUAUAGAUUUCUAUGCGAUGGUAUAUAUAUGUAAUAUGGUUACUAAUGUACGUAUGGUUUCUUGUGAGCUUUGGUAAUUGUCUUAUAGUGGAGCGACAGAAGCAAAUCAAUUCUUGCAAAACCAUUAUUAUAAAAUAAAUUUCUAUUGGAACAAAAAAGAUAUCGCGAGAAACCAAUUUUUUAAUGAUAUAUCGGUUGCCUUCGACAUUUAUUUAAGCUUUAAUUGAAAUAAUAUGUGUUUAAAAAAAAGAGAAUCUCAUUGUGUGAAGUAAAAGGCCAUACCUACACGCACUUA